AUGAAUCUCGAAUUAGCCAAACGUUAUGUCUACUACACGAAUAGAGACAGCGGGUGGUACAGAUGGAGAUGGCUCCUCUGGCUCAUCCUUAUUCCUGUCUUCUUUAUCAUUUUAGCUCUUUUCUUUAUGAGAAGAAGGAGAAACAGAGCUCAUGUCAUGACCAAUCAGCCCUAUUACAAGGAAAAUUAUGCUCCACAAGGUGGGUACGUGCCACCUCCACCUCCUCCUCAGCCCCAGCAAACAGGGUACGGGGGCGGCUACCAGCAAGGAUACCAGGCGGGUUACGGUUCGGGAACAGGGGGCAACCAAGGCAACUCGGGCUUCAACAAUGACUAUAAUCAGAAUUACGGUGUGGGCAGCCUGAGCUAUGGAAACGAGGGCUACCUGGGUUCUGCAGCACCCCCAGACUAUGCACCUCCUCUGGAGCCUCCUAAGGGAUACACUAAGUAA